ACUUUUCAAGGGACCAGAUAAGGCUUCCACCACGAACUCCUUCUUCUUCUUCUUAGCUUCCUUAACCGCCAGCCUCCGAUGGCCUCCACCUCCGCCGCUCACCUCCCCCUCACUCUCCUCCUUCCGCCUGUCUCCUCCUCUCCGCGCCGCCACUCAGUCACGGCUUUUCCUUAUCCGUCAACUCAGGGUCAGAGUCGAGUCUCCCUCAGAACUCGAGCCAUUAGCGCCGAUGAUUUCUUGGGUGAUUUCGGGGCUCGGGAUCCUUUCCCAGCCGAAAUAGCCAGUGGGUUUGCCGAGAAAGUGUUGGGAAAUGUUGACACCGAGCAUAAGAUCCUUAUUCCCAAUGCCACGGCUCUCUCCCUUGCCCAGCAAGAUUGCUCCCCUGUUUCUCCUUUGCAGCCUCCCAUGUCACUCGAUGAUGCUAAGGCUCUGUUGAAGAAGGUUGUUGGCUGGAGGCUGUUGGAUGAAGAAGGUGGACUUAAACUGCGGUGUUUGUGGAAACUGAAAGAUUUUAAAUCCGGAGUCGAACUCGUCAAUCGGAUCUGUAAGGUUACGGAAGCCACCGGUCAUUUUCCAAGUCUCCACUUGGAAGAACCGAAUCAAGUCCGGGCUGAGCUAUGGACUUCGUCGAUCGGUGGCUUGAGCAUGAACGAUUUCAUCGUGGCUGCCAAGAUCGAUGCAAUAAAAACAUCGGAUCUCGCUCCCCGUAAACGAGUUUGGGCAUAGAUCGAAGCACGUCGGUUUUCGGAAACAUCGGAGCAUGUGCGAUGAAACCAUGGAAGUCAUGGGACUCGUGAAAUUCCAAUGCUGUUGCUGAGAAACGAGUUAAUGGCCUGGUUUGAUUUCAGAAAUGUAUCAAGUUUAGCCAAGAAAAAAACUGGAAAAUCAAAAGCAUAAUUGAACCCUAAUGUCGAUUUCUGAAUCGAUUCUUGUUUAUAAUGAUUAUUUUCAAUUUCGU